AUGUCGUCUCCCACAAAGAUUCACUUCCCUUCUUUCGAAUUGCAGAUAUCUGGCGAGCUUUACAGUCCGGCUCAAGGUUCUCCCGACCGCAAAGGCGCUGCCGUGGUCGUCAGCCACCCUAUGACGGGGAUCAAGGAGCAAACGUCUGCCGAUUAUGCUCGAGCCCUAUCUAAGACUGGCUUCUACGCGCUCACCUUCGACGCCGGCUACCAAGGAGAGAGCACUGGCCAGCCUCGAGGACUUGAAGACCCACACCAGCGUGUGGAGGACAACAAGGCGGCUGUCACAUACCUUACCACCCUCAAGGGCAAGGUAGACCCAGAGCGUAUCGGCGUGCUCGGUAUCUGCGCAUCUGGCGGCUACACGUCGUAUGCUGCACAGUCUGAUGCCCGCAUCAAGGCGCUUGCCACAGUGAGUGCCGCGUGUGUCGGACGCAUGACCCGCAACGGCGGCCUCCAGGAGGGCAAAACCGAGAAUGCAGAGGCAAUCGCCGGGGCCCUUCAAGCUGCUGGUCAAUGGCGCAACGCGAACCCCACGCCCCCAGGCGCACAAGCGCCGCCCAUGUUCGAGACGGACUUGUCAAAGGUACCCGAGAACGCCGACUCUUUCUUCAAAGAUGCGGCACAGUACUACGGCACGAAGAGAGGCCACCACGAGCGAUCGGACCAGCGCGUUCCACUGUCAAGCUACGAUCUCAUGGUCAGCUACGACUCGUUCAACUUUCAACAUCUCAUUUCGCCACGGCCGUUGCUCAUGAUAGCCGGAUCCACGGCGCAGACGCAUCAUUACAGCCGAACAGCGAUUGCAGCCGCCAAGGACCCAAAGGAGUUAUUCACAGUGGAAGGAAAAAACCACUUUGAUCUGUAUGACGAUCUGACAGAGACCGGUCCCAAGCUCGUCGACUUCUUUGGCAAGAGUUUGACUGCAUAG